CAUUCAGAAGCAAAAUUAAUUUCUAAUUUCUAAUUCUUUAAAAUAAUAAAAAAAAAUAAAAAAAAAGGGAGGAAAGAAAAAUGGGGUGAACUAAAACAGGGAAAAAGAGGAGGAGUAAGCGAGUGAGGAGGAAGAGGGAAGAGGUAGUUUGAGAAGGGCAAAGAACAAGGAGAGGAGAGUUGAGGAGGGUUGAUGCUCUCUUUCCGUUAAAGAUUCAAUUACUAGUAUUUCAUCAGUGACUCAUAAGCAGUCGUAUACGUUUUUUUUUUUUUGGUUUAAUUUCAUUUCAAUGUAGUCCCGCCAAAGCCAAACAACCACAAACAGUUUUUUUUAUCAGAUUUAAGAUUGCUUUUAGUGCCCAAUCAAAAUUGGAUGAAUCGCAGCAGAUGAUGGUUUGGUGUUGCUCUCAGAAUCUGAGAGAUGGGAUUCACGCUUGUAUUCGCGAUUAUGAUAGGCUCCAAUAUGUGGCCGUCCUCCUCAUUUACAUCCAAAUUGGGUGCGCCUUGAUCGGAUCCCUGGGCGCAUUGUACAACGGAGUGUUGCUGAUCGAUUUGGGCAUAGCGUUGUUCGCUUUGGUGGCCAUCGAGAGCAGCAGUCAGAGCUUAGGCCGAACCUACGCCGUCUUGCUCUUCUGCGCCAUUCUGCUGGACAUUUCGUGGUUCAUCCUCUUUUCCCACGAUAUUUGGAACAUAUCGUCGGAGAGUGAGAGUCAUGGAAUGCUGUUCAUCUUCUCAGUCAGACUAACGCUGGCAAUGGAAAUCAUAGGGUUUUUUGUGAGGUUGUGGUCGUCCCUGUUAUGGAUUCAAAUAUAUAGGCUGGGGGUUUCUUAUGUAGACAGUGGUGCAGGUCCACGAGACCCCGAUUUCGAUUUGAGAAAUAGUUUUCUAAACCCUGCAACUCCAUCCAAUUCCAUACUUAGACAAUGCUCUCACAAUGACAGUGAUGACGUUUUAGGAGGCGCCAUCUAUGAUCCUGCUUAUUACUCUUCUCUCUUUGAAGACCGUCAACAACACAAUAGAAAUUCUUUUCUUGGUCAUAAUGAUGCUAUUAGUGGAAAUGAAUCUGCUUCUGGUGCUGACGCUUCUCAGCUGAAGUUCUCUCCCGUCAGGACUCUUCAGGCUAUUGAUGAGGAGAAUGCUACAAAAGUGCCUCAGACUGUUUGAAUUCAAGCAUGAUAUCUGUGAAAAACUCAGCUUAGUAUCACCACUUCCGUAUAUUUUGUUUUGAGGCUUCCUUUAUUUAUCGGGGCUGGCUUAGGAUAUGCAUGGAGUGGGGUUGUACAGGUUCCCACUUUGUCAUUCUUUUCCCAGGAUGUGGCUGCAACACUUUUGAGUUAGAAAGGCGAAUGCUUUAUUUAUCCUGUAAGAAAUAGAGUGAAGGCUAUUUGAGAAGCAGUUCUGAAUUCGUAAUUUUUAUAGUAAGCCAAGGUUAUUCUCUUAGCUCGAAGGUCAAGAUCAGAAUCCAAGCCUGGCACAUGGGUAUGACUGCUCUGUUGAACAUGUUUUGCAUUUGGCUUGUUGGCUGUAGUUUAGGCAAAGGGGCUUGACAUUGGGAUGCCAUCUGAUGUGCAAGGAUGUGUCUAGGUUCCAUUGGUAAUAUCCAUCCUACUUGAUGAGCCCAGUUUAAAGUGGUAUAAGAGUUGGCUGGAAAAUUCUUUAGAAAGCAAGAACCAAUACUGCACCGUUUUUCCUUUUCCUUUUUGACAGAUUUGUGAGGAUGUUUUUACGCUCUAUUAAAUGGAAUGAGUUAUUCUUUUUCAAGCUUGUUCAUUUGUAGCUUAGGUAGUGCGGUAUAGGCAAAUGUAGCCUAAUUGGGUGAAUUCUAGCCCUCACCAGCCUAGUUGAGUUGAUAAAGCGGAUUCGAAUCUUAAAAAUCUGUGUAAAUUCAGGUUUGAUUUAACUCGAUUCAAUGAAAUUAAAAGUCU